CACACAUUCAGUGCAAUAUCAGUUGGGCUUCAAGCACAACUGUCUGUUACAUCAUUAAACAGGGCCAUCGCCUUCAUCUGGAAAAUAGGUGAUCUUUUGCUUCCAUGCCCGGUUCCUCUUCCUUUCAGCAGACAUCGUUGGGGACGUUUGACAGUGUUUGACAAUGUCCAACACUACACAGGCCCCUGUCUGGGAGGAGUGUAAGGACGGGACAGAGCAGAGAGUGGAACUGAUCUUUGUAAGUCUUUAUGUGUUGAUCUUUGUUGCGGGCCUCAUCCUUAACCUCACUGCUCUGGUGGUGUUUUUCUGCCACACUAAAACACGCUCCCACACCACAGUCUACAUGACCAACCUGGCCUUGGCUGACCUGUUCCUGGUUUGCACACUGCCUGUGAGGAUCUACUACCACCUGGGCUUCCAGGACACUCCUCCUCUCCUGUGUGAGAUCAUGGGGGUGGUUCUUCUGAUCAACAUGUAUGGGAGCAUCUUUCUGCUGAGCUGCAUAAGCUUCGACCGCUGUGUGGCUGUCUGCUUCCCCAUGUCACAGCGCGUGCGUGAAGGCCGCAAGAGGGCACCCUUCAUUUGCCUUGCUGUCUGGGUCAUUACAAUCGGUGCAAGUUUACCCAUCUAUCUUAUCAAACCACCGGACAACCAGAACCAGACCCAGACCCAAUGCUUUGGGAGUGUGCCCAUCUACGCCACUCGGGCCAUUGCUGUCACCUCCAGCCUCAUUACGGGCUUUGGGGUUCCACUGCUGGUGAUGCUGAUCAGCUCCUGGGGGCUCAUCCGGGCCAUCAGCCACAGCCAAGCAGCCCAGUCGGAGCUUGUGGACAGCCGAAAGAUCCAGAGGAUGAUCGCAAUAUGCCUGAUCAUCUUCCUCUGCUGUUUUUUGCCCUACCAUCUUAAUUUAUGGUUGAUCUACCUGCACCAGAGACCUAUCCCAUGUGGUCUGGUGACCAGCUAUCGCUAUAGCCUAAUGGUGGCCUGUCUCAAUGCUGUGUUGGACCCACUGGCCUACUACUUUACCACUGAGACCUUUCGUGAGAGAGUGGAUCUGGACGUGCUACGCAUGUGGCCCACGACUGGCCAGAGCUCAGAGAACAAUCGCGCCGGGGGGCCCCUCAAUACCUGAUCUGCUUUCUCAAGCUCUUCAGUCAGAAGAACCACCUGUACAUGGCUGACUGCUCUUCAGUCAGAAGAACCACCUGUACAUGACUCACUGCUCUUCAGUCAGAAGAACCACCUGUACAUGACUCACUGCUCUUCAGUCAGAAGAACCACCUGUACAUGACUCACUGCUCUCACGACUCCUGUCAUCCCAUUCCAGAGACACCGGGGUGCAAGUACUUGGCUAAAGAGUGCCUUCGUUGAGUUUAAAUUGUAAAUACACAGGAACUGCUCCUUGAAUGAGCAUAAUCUUUAGGUUUCUCCUCUUGAACUUCGGUUGCCUUCUCUCAACAACAAGAGACUGCAAUCGAAACUCAUUUUAUUUGUGGUGGAAUGACCUGAGCCUAUCUAGUGCUGUUUCCUUCAUCUCUGACAUACCCAUGACUCACCUUUUUUAAAACUCAUCUGUCAUGCUAAUGUAUUCGUUUCAUUGCCUAAUGUAUUCUUACUUUUAAACGCAUGAAAACACAUUUUGUGCAUUAUUGUGCAUUAUUUAAAGCUU